AUGGCCGCCCUCGAUACGCUCAACCGCAAGGACCUCGGUAACUGCAAGACCAUGUCCAAGCCGCCGGCGGGCGUCGGCGAUAUCUUUGCGAGCGUCAUGGUGCUCUUUGCCGGUCUCAACCCGGACAUCCCGGUGCAAAAGAACGGCAAACUUAAAGAAAAAGAUCGGUCGUGGGAAAGUGCCAAGAAAAUUCUUCUCUCGAACGUCAACGCGCUCAUGGACGAUCUGCACAACUUCAAGUCGCUCGUCGAUUCGUACGCAGUCCCCGACAACUCGGCCGCCGCGGGGCUCUGCGCGUGGGUCAUCAACAUUGUCGCGUACUACGACGUCAUUGUCUCGGUCGAGCCCAAGCGACAAGCCCUACGGCUCUGCACCGAGGUGUGGCAAGCCGCCAACGCCAAGCUCGAAGCUGUCCUUUCUAAAGUGCGACAACUCUCGGAGCGUCUUGCCAAGCUCACCGACGAAUACGAGCGCACGAACGCCGACGUCAACCUUGCGAUUGCGACGGUCGAGAAGGGCAAGAUGAAAAUGGACCUUGCACGGCGCUUGACGAUGGCGCUGGGCAGCGAAAACACCAGGUGGGCGGCCAAUGUCCAGAUCUUACAGGCCGAAGCCGAAACGAUUGUCGGCGACGUGCUCGUGGCCGCGGCCUUUGUCACGUACGCAGGUCCCUUUACAAAGCCGUACCGCGACGUGCUUGUAAGUACGCACUGGCGACCGUUCAUUCUGCAUGGGAAAAAAGCUCUGGCAUUGCGCGACGAUGCGUCGCCCGUGUCGCUUUUGACCCCGCCCACCGACAUUGCGACCUGGAUCGGUGCGGGGCUGCCGAGCGACUCCGUUUCGAUCGAGAACGGGACGAUCGUGAGUGCGUGCAAGCGCUGGCCUCUCUUGGUGGACCCGCAACUGCAAGCAAUCCACUGGCUGCGCUCCAAAGGCCAAGCCAAACUUGUUGUUGUCCGACGCUAUGCGAGCAACCUCGUUCAGGUCGUGGAGCACGCGAUCGAGACGGGCGCGUCGCUGCUGAUUGAGCACAUGGACGAAAGCAUCGACCCUGUCUUGUGGCCGGUCAUAAGUCGCUGCACCGUCACGAAAGGAAGAAAAACGUGUCUCAAGCUCGGCGACAAGCUCAUCGAGUGGGUCGACUCGUUUCGCUUGUACCUCCAUACGACGCUCUCCAACCCGCACUACCCACCUGAAGUCCAAGCCGAGACGACGUUGGUUAAUUUUGCAGUGACCCCCCAGGGCCUCGAAGACCAGUUGCUGGCGCUGGUUGUGCGCAAGGAAUGGCCCAAGAAGGCUCGGGCGCGGACCGCGCUCAUGUUGCAGCAGACGCAGUUCAAAGUGAAAAUGCUCGCGUUGGAAGACAAGAUUCUCUCGAGCCUCGCCGACGCCGAAGGGGAAGUCACGGAAAACGUCGAGCUCAUUGUGGACCUCGAGACGACCAAGGCGACCGCCGAUGUCGUCGCCGCGCAGUCGCGCGCCGCCCAAGCCAACGAAGCCGAGAUCGCAGCGCUCUCUACGAAAUAUGCGUCGGUCGCGGCGCGCGGGGCCAUGCUCUUUUUUGUCAUCAACAACCUCUACAAGCUGCACACGUACUACGUCUUUUCACUCAACGCGUUCGUGGUCAUGUUCCAACGGGGCAUGGAGUCGGCGAAAUCGUCGACCGCACCCGUGGACCUGGACGACGCCAAGAAGCCGUCGGCGCUCAACCGCUUCAAGCUCGCGGCCAAGCGCGUGAUCGGGUCUCAGCGCUUUCACUGGGACACGGACGUGCUUCUCGAAGACCGCGUCCUCGAGGAAACCACCGACUUGGAUUUCAUCAUCGCGUCCGCCAAAGAGGAUAUCCCGAUUGAUGACGCUGCGAUCCACGUGCGCUGUGGCCACCUCGAAGCGUCAAUCACCCAAGGGGUCUUUGACUAUGUUCGAAGAGGCUUGCUCGAGAAGGACAAGCUCCUGCUCGCGGCGCAGCUCUGUUUUGGCAUCCUCAAGCAGCGUGGCACGAUUUCGGCGACCGAGCUCACCUACCUGGCCACGACGCCGACGAUGGACGACACGGCCAUGGCCAUGGGACUACUCAACGAAUGGCUCACCGAACAUCAGUGGCAGAAAAUUCGCAAGCUCGAAGAUGUCCCUGGGUUUCAGCUGCUUCCAAACGAAAUGAAGGCCGACGCAGAAGAGUGGAAGGAAUGGUUCUACACGGACGCCCCCGAGACGCACGAGAUGCCCGGGCGCAAGCGGAGUCCGAUGAGUCAGCUCUUAUUGCUUCGCAUUUUGCGUCCGGAUCGGUUCCUCCCGGCGCUCUCGACCUUUAUUGCGAGCCAUUUGGGACCGACGUAUGUGCACCAGCCGCCGUUUGACCUCGAGACCAUCUACCAAGAAGGCUCGGCGUCAACGCCGAUCUUCUUCCUCCUCUUUCCCGGCGUUGACCCGACCGUCGCGAUCGAGCAGCUUGGCCAGAAGCUCCAAAUGACAUCGGAGAAGGGGAAUUUUAAGCACAUUUCGAUGGGGCAGGGCCAAGAGGGGCCUGCCGAGGCGACCUUGAGCGCGUUUGCCAGCGCUGGGUCGUGGCUCGUGUUGCAAAAUAUCCAUCUCAUGCCGCGGUGGCUGCCCGUGCUCACGCGCCUUUUGGACCAGUGCGCCAAGACGGCGGACCCCAACUUCCGCGUCUUCUUAUCGGCCGAGGCACCGCCGCUCCCUUCGAUGACCAACAUGCCCGAAUCGCUCCUCCAGUGCUGCAUCAAGGUGGCCAACGAGGCGCCAAUGGACUUGCGCAGCAACCUCUCGCGCGCGUGGGCGAAUUUCUCGGUCAAAACCAUCGAGACGAGCGUCAAGCCCAACGAGUUUCAAGGCUGCCUCUUUGCGCUCUGUGUCUACCACGCCCUCAUCCUCGGGCGGCGGCGGUUCGGACCGCAAGGCUGGAGCCGACCGUACUCGUUCAACAAUGGCGAUCUCACGCUCUGCGCCGAUGUCCUCAAGCGCUACGUCGAGAAGACGCUUGACGGGCCCUUGCCGUGGGACGACCUCCGUUUCAUCUUUGGCGACAUCAUGUACGGCGGCCACAUUACCGACUUUUGGGACCGGCUCACCAACCGCACGUAUCUCGGGACGCUCUUCACGGAAGAUGCGUUGCGAGGAAAGGACAUCAUGCCCGGGCUAUCGCCUCCGGACCCGUAUCUGUUUACGUACUCCAAGUACGCCCACUACAUUGCCCACGAGCUGCCGCAAGAGACACCACUGCUUUUUGGGCUGCACCCCAACACGGAGAUUCAGACCAUGACCACUGCGUGCGACGACCUUCUUUUCCAGCUCACGCUCACGGGGGGUGCGCUGCUGGGCAUCUCAGCGUCAACCGCGAGUGCAUCGCCAGCCACGUCAGCCGCAGCACUUGUGAUGAGUCUACUGCAGCGACUUCCCGAGCCAUUCAACUUGAGUGAGCUCAACGACGAAGCGGCUCCGUUGCUAGAGCAGAGCCACCCGAUGGCGCCCUAUGUCGUCGUUGCGCUGCAAGAAUGCACGCGCAUGAACGCACUACUGAGCGUUCUGCAUCGGUCGCUGAGUGAGCUCGCCAAAGGCCUCAACGGCCUCCUCAACAUGUCGGAGGCCAUGGAGGAGCUCCUUGAAGCACUCUCGCUGCAGCAAGUGCCAGGGCGCAACCCCCUCCACUCGUGCUCGUGGGAACGGUAUGCCUAUCCCUCCCGCAAGUCGCUCGCUGCGUGGUACAGUGACCUCCUCGACCGCGCGGCCUUUCUCUCGUGCUGGGUCCUCGCGUCCGACUGGGCCCUUCCUGCCUCGAUGUGGCUCUCAGGCCUCUUCAAUCCCGCAUCCUUCUUGACAGCUGUCAAGCAGGUCACGGCCCGCGCGACGCAGCAGCCGCUCGAUAGCAUGACGAUCGAGACGCACUUCGUGUCGGUGGCCUCCACCAGCAGCAAAGGUGCGUUCGUGCACGGCCUCUUUCUGGAAGGUGCGCGCUGGUGCAUGCCCGAGGACGGCGACGACGGUGACGCGUAUGGCGUCGACGAUGUGUCGUGCGCCGGGUUCUUGACCGACGCCAAGCCCAAGGAAGCGCUAUGCAUCGUCCCGACCAUGUAUGUGCGUGCCGUGCCGAUCCGAGACGAUUGGGACCCGACAGCCGUGGGCCAUUUCCGACGCGACCCAAGCACAUACGAGUGCCCGGUGUACGUCACGUCGAUGCGCGGGCCCACGUACGUGUUUCUCGCGACACUGAAUACGCGGACGCCCAAGGCCAAGUGGAUCCUCGCAGGCGUUGCGCUCCUGCUGCAAAAAGAUGGUUAA